GCAGCCAAUCGGCACAGCGAGGGGCGCGCUCGCCUUGCCGGCCCCUGGGCCGCUGUGGGUUCUUGCGGCGCUCGGAGACAGCUUUAAAACCAGGAUGCUCAAAGCCAAGAUCCUCUUCGUGGGGCCCUGUGAGAGUGGAAAGACAGUUUUGGCCAACUUCCUAACCGAGUCCUCUGACAUUACCGAAUACAACCCAACACAGGGAGUGAGAAUCGUGGAGUUCGAGAAGCCGCAGAUCAACAGCAACAGCCAAGGCCCCGGCUGCGAAUUUGAGCUCUGGGACUGUGGCGGCGACAGGAAGUUCGAGUCCUGCUGGCCGGCCCUGAUGAAGGAUGCGCAGGGAGUGGUGAUUGUGUUCAACGCUGACAUGCCAAGCCACCUGAAGGAGAUCGAAAUGUGGCAUUCCUGUUUCGUGCAGCCUCUACUCCUGCAGGACGCCCGGUGCUUGCUGAUCGCACACCACAAGCCGGGCUCCACGGCUAGCAGGGGGAGCCUGAGUCUGGCGCCUCCCCUGAACAAGCUAAAGCUGGUGCAUUCCAACCUGGAGGAGGACCCCGAGGAGAUCCGGGCGGAAUUCAUCAAGUAUCUAAAAGGCAUUGCAAGCUCAGUGUCCGAGAGCAGGGACCGCGAGGAGAUGUCCAUCAUCACGUGACAC